AGACGUCGCCUUUGUUCAACAUAUGAAACUACAAGCUGCGCAAAUGAGAAUAAGUCAUUUAAGAAACUUUGAAACCAUGGCAACGAUAUCGACACUUCACCGACUAAAUUCAAUGAGAUACAAUGGACUGCAAUUUUUUUCGGACAGAUGUGCUUUUGCUGAUGGAAAGAUAUUUUUUCCAAAGACUUAACUUAUAACAAUUUUCGGAAUGAAUACAUCAACACCUCAAAUCUUCAGUACCGAAGAGUGGUACAGAAAUAAUCAGAGACGUUUCAAUCAAUCGGAUAUAUCAAGAGCAGAGUGGUUCAGGGUAUGCCAACAAAGCAAGCAGCUAGCGAAGGAGAAACAACUCUUGACAGAUACUGUGCAGGACGAUGUAACGAAAAAAAUUGCUGAAAGAACCAAGCAGGUCUUUGACUGCCAAAAGGACUUGGAAAAGACAAUAGAACUGCUCACCGCCGAAACACGGAAGCUGGACCUGGAGAAGAAACGUCUGGGGAAUGCCCUGAAUGAAGUUCAGAUGAGUCUUAUUGUUGCACAAGAGAGCCUGGAUCUGAGGGAUCAGCGAAUAUCAUCUGAUUUAGUGCAUGAUCGGCUGCAGGACGAACUGCAUAGAGAAAUUGAAAUAAUUCAAACGUACAAAGAUCUCACAAAGAUGAUCAUUGCCGAAUUGGAAAACCAGAUCAGGCGAAAUCAGCAAUCUAAAACAGAGCUGGAAAGAGAUUGGAGCGACAAGUGGGAAGCUUACAACAUCGACACCAUCUGCGCACAUAUGCAGAAUACUUCAUCUGAGCAAAUUGCUUUUUACACUGGACCUCAAAGGAUUCCGAACAAAUGGUCAUCUCCUCAAGAAUGGAUCGAGUUCACCCGCCACCGACUUUUCAACGCCAGAGAUGAGAUUCGAACUUCCGCCAUUUUAAGAGACAAAAUCAAUUCCCACCUGCAAAACGGUUACAAAGAUCUCCGGAACCAGGCGGAUACGAUUGAGUCGGUUCUGGCACAAAGAAUUAACGAGACGAAUGACAGUCUCUACAGGCUGAAACAGCAUUUGCAAAUGGUUAUCAAGGAUAUAGCUGAAGCAGAAAAGACCAUCCAGUUCCUGAAGAAAGAGAUACUGGAAAAAGAGCCUUCCUUGAAGAUGGCCCAGACAAGGCUUCAUUUGCGAAACGAGCGACCGAACGUAGAAUUAUGUGAAGACAGUCCUCACCUUGGGCUGAUCAUCGAAAGCCGCGAGUUAGCAGCUACCAUCCAGGCACUUCAAGAACAGCUGGCAAGAGCCGAAGCAUCUUUGAGCAAUCUACUGCAGACCCGACGUGAACUGGAAAGGGAGAUUGCAAUCAAAGAAAAUUCCCUCACAGUCGACAAGGGACGGGUUCAACCACUCAGGAAGAAAUUUCCCGCUCAGCACAAACUCAUGGGACAUUGAGAAUAAUGAAUUGUCUUUUUUAAUCCAAAUAAUAAUAGUUGCUGUAUUUCCGAUGCGUAGGUUUCAUAGAAAAGAAUUUUGAAAUUGAUUUUUCGUUUUAUUAUAAAGAAAAUCUCCAUUAUGUAUAAUUUAUACUAAAGAAUAAAAGGAAUAAUAGCUCAUCUGUUUUGAUGAAGUGGACAGUUUAAUGGAAAAUGCCAUUGUAAUCAAACUAAGUUUGUCCUUAUGAAGUAGCGUAUCUUAGCUUAUCUUUUAUUUCAUUUUUAAGGAAUAGAAUUUUGAAUAGUAGAACUUAAAUACAAACAA